AGAAAGAAAAUUUUCUGCAGCAAGUUCCUGUGUCUGUUCGAACCAAUUCCUUCAAUUGCGAGCGUUCCACGUCGCGACUACAGUCACUGUACACCAAGCCGUCGUCUUUCAAUCUUUACCUGAACAGAGAAAGCACUUAUCGCCUCCUAAAUCAAUCGAAAUUUAGUGUCUUCUCGAGUCAAGUUCCUACGAGCUACUCAUCACACGAACCACUCGACUAAACCAACGCAUUAAUCGAAUCAUCCCGUUGCGCGCGAUCUCCGUUUGAUACCACACCGUACAGAGAAGAAGCCAGCACAAUGUUCUUCCUCAAAGAAGAGACGAAAGUCAUCACACUACACCCGUCGUACUUCGGGCCCAACAUGCGGGAAUACCUCAUCAACCGACUGAACGAGGAAGAAGAAGGUCGGUGUACGGGUGACCACUUCGUCAUCUGUGUGAUGGACAUGGUCGAUAUUGGUGAAGGACGAGUUCUACCGUCUGGUGGGCAUGCAGAGUACAGCAUCAAGUACCGGGCGAUUAUUUGGAAGCCGUUCCGGGGAGAGACGGUUGAUGCUAUCGUUACCUCCGUUAAACCCACUGGUAUCUUCACACUCGCUGGGCCGUUGUCUGUUUUCAUUGCGCGGAAAAACAUUCCCUCGGAUAUCAAGUGGGAGCCAAACACAGUACCUCCACAAUAUACAGACCAUGCGGACCAAGUCAUUGAGAAGGGGACAAGUUUGCGACUGAAGAUUCUUGGUGUGAAGCCGGAUGUGGCUGCGAUCAACGCCAUUGGUACAAUCAAGGAGGAUUAUCUAGGACCCCUGUAAUGAAACACCACAUGGCCCUCGCCUCUAGCGUUUAUCUCGCUUCUUAUUUGCCUGCCAUUUGAAUACCCCAGAAGACACUGGACAGGGCGAAGUCCAGAGAUACAAGGACAAGGACCCUGGCAACGGCGUAUAGAACUGACGCUUGCUUGCUUCAAAAGAAGCAAUUGUUCGAUUGUCUUCUUUGAAGAGCAGAUGAUAAGAUAGUCUGCUGGUAUGUGGCUGCAACUGACUUAAUGCUUCCACGAAAAGACAUAGAAACCAGAAUUAUCCCGACAACGAACAUCUAAGUGUAAGCCACGACAAAGCAAUGACCACAGAACAUCA